GCAUUUGGCAUAUCAGAUCAGCUGAGCUUCAAUUUUCUCAAUCGAACAUCUCCGCUCAUAUGUUGCAGGCGUAUAACAGAUAGCUUUCGUCUGUAACCUUCACUCUUUUUUCACCUGUUGUAUCGGUACGUACAGCGGGGUCCAAGCUCAGAUUGUGUAUCUUCAGGAUUUGACUUCGGUUCGCCUGGAGACACCCACCUUGUUGAAUUAUACGCAUAUUCGGUUCAUCACAAGUCUGUGAAAAUUCGGACCGGAUCAGUCCCUUGCAAUCUUACCCUACCUCAGCCAUUCACACCAAUCAACAGCGUAAUGGCGGAAAACAUGGCAUCACCGCCUGCUGAGAGCGGGUUGGCCGAGUCCGAUGAGAAUAUCAUGAGCGCUUCUACUGCCAGCGAAUUAAGUCGAAUCUUCAACAGCGCCGGCAUCAUUCCCGGGCCGGGCGGUUAUUUGUCAUUCAACCCGCGUGACGACGAUGACGAUGAGGAGGACGAGGAUGUGGCUGAAGAUUUCGUUGCCGUUGAUCAUAAUGAUGCUCACGACUAUUCCUAUCUUUUUCGACGACCAUCGCGAGGAAAGCAGCGCACACCCUUGGACGAACUCUAUCCUUUCACUAGCGUUUUGACAGUUGGUAAUGUGGAAGACUGCGUGACGGUGGAAGAAGCAUUCCCUGAACACGAACGUGCUUCACGAGAGAAGUUUGUGUAUCGUCUCACAAAAUGCCCCGAGCUGAGUCUAGGGAUAUUCUCAUUGCCAAUUCUCGAUCGAGAUCAACCCAAACCCCGGCCCGAACUGAUCGCACACAUUAUUGCUACCCGUACGUCAGCGCCACGAGUCACAGAGGAAUCGAUGGCUAUUCCCGAGAAUUGGCAGACCAGGAAGCGGAGUCUCCCAGACGCCGAAGAGAAGAACUACGUCGGACAUGAAGAUCAAGGCGGCACGGUAGCAUUGCACUCGCUUGCUGUCAAGGAGGAGCAUCAGCACAAACGGGUUGGGUCCACGUUGAUGAAGUCGUAUAUUCAGCGCAUCAAGGAAGCGGCGAUUGCAGAUCGGAUUGCGCUGCUUGCGCAUGACCAUAUGGUGCCGUUUUAUGAAGCUCUUGGAUUUGUGAAUUUGGGUCCGAGUGCUUGCACAUUUGGUGGUGGUGGCUGGUUCGAUAUGGUCCUCGAAUUCCCGAAAGAUCAGGCUUCCGAGUGAGCCAUAACUUCUCGGCGUCUGGGAUAACUUCAGUGUCAGGUGUGACUUUUUGUGCACUCAUGAUUGCUCAAACAUCUCGUCUUAUAUUUCUGGUCUUCAGUUUGGGGGAAAAAAAGGGGGUGAGGCGUUACGUGUCUGAUUUGGUCUAUUCGCUUGUUUUGGGUCUGAUGCAAUGGGUGUGGCAGAUGGCAUGGAUGGUAAGGGGAUCUGGGGUUGGCGCUCAUACAUGCACGAUUGGGGUGACAGAUUUGUACAAUAGGCUAUCUUAGGUUGCUCUAAGGUUAUGAAUGAUCUAUUUAUUUAUAUAACUCGUC